CCAAACUUGAGGCGGUAAAGGAAACAGAACCAAAAAAAGUUACUGGCGUCGGGUCCAUCUAUAAAUAAGGGCCUUCCCCUUCAAUUCUCAUGCAAUUUUGAUUAUGGCUGAGGCUUGCGGUAAGUGCAGCGAGUGCGGCGCUCCUAUGAUCCGAGAUGCAAUACCUGUGAAAGAUGAAUCUUCAUCUACUGCCAAUAACAGUGUGCUCAUGAAGUGUGCAUCACCCUUUCCCAAAACGGCUCAAAGUCCUGCGACAGGUCCUGUUACCGAAGGUGAAAUUAGAGCUUUUCUGAUGCAGAGAAAACAAGUGACCAAACUGAAUCUUGUCAGCAAAUUUAGAUCUCGUUUAAAAUGUAGAGAGGAUAAGAUUGCUUUUGCUAAUGUAUUGAGGAGGAUCUCCAAAAUACAGAAAACCGGUACAGCUAGCUAUGUUGUGUUACAGGAUGCAAUACCUGUGGAAGAUGAAUUUUCAUCUACUGCGAAUAACAGUUUUCUCAUAAAGCGUGCAUCACCCUUUCCCAAAACUGCUCAAAGUCUUGCCACAGGUCCUGUUACCGAAGAUGAAAUUAGAGCUUUUCUGUUGCAGAGAAACUCAGUGACCACACUGCAUCUUGUCAGCAAAUUUAAAUCUCGUUUGCAACGUACAGAGGAUAAGGCUGCUUUUGCUGAUGUAUUGAGGAGGAUCGCGAAGAUACAGAAAACCAGUACAACUAGCUAUGUUGUGUUACGAGAGAGGCUGGAGUCAAAUACACCAGUACAUGGUCUGGCAGCCAAGAUUAAUCGUCUGGGCAUUAAUGAUUAGGAAUGAUAAUGGAACGGUGCAGAUUGAUUUUCCUGGUUCUGCAUCAACUCACCAACCCUACUAUUAAUAAUAUAAAACCUUCGCACUGCUUCACGACGGUCUCCUUAUAAUUUGCAAAGUGAAGAUUGAAUCUGUAAUUAUGCUUUUGGAAUUUUCUUUUUUCCAUUGAAUUUUCAAUUUAGAUAUAUACAGUAUAUUACAUGCUUAAUAUGUUAGUCACAGUACAGCAUGUCAAAUAAACUAGUAACUGAGAAUUACCAAUAACUAUUACGCUUUGAUUCCAAAUUAUUUAGAUCAGUUAUAUGAAUCCUCUA